AUGCUGCCGCAGAAGUUGUCGUGCGACACCACAAAGCUGGAUCCUGAAUCCUGGGAGUGCGAUCCUGAGUCGGGGUGUGGUUUUGCAUCAGACUGCAAGGUCAGAUACUACUGCAAUUCCGACUUUCCCAACUCACUUUGCAACGCCUUGGGAGACAGCGGCUCCGCCAAUGUGGUGGGAGCAGUGACACCGGUGGCACCCGUCGAGUGUCCCAAUGACUGCAUGGUACAGACACCCGCUGCACUGCCCACCACUUGGACUACGACUUGGUCGAGUGUCAUGACCGAUGCCGGUGCAGGCACCGCUUGUGUCGGUGGUGACGACGUUGUCGCUUAUCUCACAGAAAGUGACACAUCGGGUUUGGACUAUCAACAAAUGGCCCGACUGUGUCUUGAUGAUCCGCAGUGCCAUGCCAUUGCUUUCAAGACUGCAUGUGAGAGUAUUGACUAUGGCUCAUUGUUGCAAGACAAAAAAGUCUCUGUGAAGGUCAAUGGCUCCAGCGAUGUCUCUCGCUGUAGCGGUUGCUAUGGUCUUGGCUGGACGGAAAAGUUGAAGCGAUACCAGAUGAGAUAUGCAAAACCUGGAGAAGGAGUGACACUCAGUGGUAAUGGGGUUGCGCCUGUGAGAGGUGGUGACGGAGAAAAAGCACAAAAUCACGAGUGGAAGGACUACUUCCGGUGCUAUGUCAAGGUUGGGACAACGACUUCGACGCAAACCACCACGGUGACCACCACGGUGACCACCACGGUGACCACCACGGUGACCACCACGGUGACCACCACGGUGACCACUUCGGUCACUUCCACUACACCGUUGUCUUUUGUGGUUGACCUUCUGUGGGAAGGGUAUACUUGUUCUCCAGCUGCACCUUGGUUGGGACAGACCGACACGGCUGAGGAAUGUGCCAAGCUUUGCCAGAAAUCACCCAAACCAUACAGCAUGUCCAGAAUUGUUUGGGUGAAAAAUGGUGACAAGAACUGCAAAUGUGCAGCUGAUGAUUGCACUCCUUCAGAAUGGCAGUGGGGAGCAGUCUACAGUUUCGAACUUUCCACUGGAACAACGACAACUUCCAUCCCAUCGAAUGGCUGGCUUCUUGUUCAAUCUGAUGGUGCUUGUCGUGGUGCUGCCCCCUCAGACAAUUCUGCUGCUUACUACGUGGUGAUCAGUGCAACGAGUUUUGAGGCCGUUGCCAAUGUCUCUGGCUUCGAAUGUUACCGCCGGGUGCAACACCCCGUCUUCUCGACCGUGGGUGCCGUCGGUGGUCCAGGCACAGCUCGCAGAGGUGAGAACACAUCGGACAUCUCGGCAUCGCAUUACAGCAAGGUCCUGGACCUGAACCGCAACCGCGUCGCGGAUCCAGGAAUCGGAUGCUUGGCCCAAGUGGUAUUGGAGUUGCCUUCCUUGACGGACCUGGAAGUGAUGCUUUUUGACAACCGAGUGGGGGAGGAUGGGGCUCGGCAACUGGCAGCUGCUAUGCGUGGCUUGAAAUUGUCUCGCCUUGUCCUGGGGCUCAACAGAAAUGCGGUGUCAGAAGCUGGCGUGCAGGACAUUGCGCAUGCGGUGACUUCCCAGAAACUUCGUGACCUGGAGCUGGAUCUGAGCGUCAGCAGCGUGGGCUGGCCAGGCGCUCAUGACCUUGGAAUGGCGAUCUCUUCCUUGGAGGGGCUUCAACAUUUGACCCUCGACCUGAACGUGAAUCAUGUAGGUUCUGCAGGGGCACGACUCCUAGCACAGGCAAUCUCAGCGCAACAAGCUUUGGUCAGCCUGCGUUUCCUGGCGUCUGGGAACCGCAUGCGUGAAGUAGGUGCCCGUGAAUUAUCGCAGGCCUUGACGUCACUGCGCCGCCUAGUCAGCUUGGAAAUGGAUGUCAGCGGCAAUGGUAUAGGUGAUACGGGUGCGUGCGACCUGGCACGUGCCGUGGGUUCAUUGGGAAGACUUUGCAGGCUCGUGGCAGACCUCCGGGGAAAUCUCGUCGGAGACCACGGAGAGCGCGAGCUCGCGCGCGCCGUUGCCGACUUGUCCAAGCUUGAGCGGCUGGAGCUGCGUCUGGCCGGAAAUGGACGGACGGGGGCUGGGCCCUGGCACCACGAGCUGAAGAAUGCAGUGCAGAAGCUGCAGACGGGUGGCUGCAUUUGUGACUUCUCAUACUGA